UCUUACAUUUUAUAUUUUGAUACCCCAAAUUUAAUUAAACUACAACCUAGUCACUAUAAUAUACAUUUUAUAUUUUGAUACCCAAAUUUAAUUCUAAUGUAAAAUCAUUGAACAAUUAGGUUUUGGUAUGAGAUUUUCAUACCUACAAUUUUUUAAAUUUACAUACUGGUUCAAUGUUUAGAUUUCACUUGAACUCAUGAAUCUAAUCCACCAAUCCUUGUGAACCAAUCCAUGAAUCCAAUCCACAAUAACAUAAAAAUAUGAAUUUAGUUUGUACCAUACAAUAUGUUGUAUCACUCAAUAGUAGGAGAAGAUUCGACCAUUUUAUAUUUGCUCAUUAUGUGAAACAUAAAAUAAAUGAUUAUAGAGAGACGGCUCUAAAAUGUUGAAAAAACGAAUUUAUAAACUCAUUUAGUACAUUUACGGGGUACUAAACAAACUUCUACUAACUACGUGUAACCAAAUAUGCGACAUCUACAUAAGCAAGUGUCAAUAAAUUGCUACGACGAAAAGGGUUGACUGUUGUAUUGACGGCCAACAAAAGAAUUGGUCAAAACCUUUCCAUCAUCUACUUCCUCUUCGUUUCAUUUUUCACUCGCCUUCCUUAACCCUUUCUUUAUUUCUUUCUUUGUCUUCUUCGUCCAACACUAAUUAGUAUACUAUUAUUUUUAUGCAUUCUAAUCACAAGUAUGAACUAGUCCAUGCACGACUGACCAACAGUCUAGAGAAUUAAUAAUUGAACCAUGAACCACUAACUUUUUCAGUUCAAUGUCGAGUCCAAUUAAAAGCAAAUAUAUAUGGUUAUGACUUAUUACAAAGUCGUCAUUUUCCACUAUGCGAUUUGAAGGCGUGAAAUGUUAAGCGAGUUCCAGUUUGUAUUCAUUUUACUUCUCUCUAGAGUUUUUCUUUUUCACCCGGGCUAGAAUUUUCAACAAUUAUACAUGAAAUGUUUAUUAGGUAUCUACACAUAUUAGAUAAAUAGUUUCUAUUUUUAUAAAAUACUAAAUAAUUAUCAUCUUAAAUACACCACUAUAAAAGGAAUUAAGUCUCAACUAUGCAUAUUACAGUUCAAUACCUAAACAUAAUAGAUCUUUAGAUUCAUAACCUAAAUUUAUUUAUUUGGCAUAUUGUCCUCAAAAUAUUGAUGAGACAUUACCUUUUAGUACCUAUAAUUUUUGUGUAUUACAUUUUGGUACCUAAACUUUUGAAGUUCUAUAAAUAGGUCUAAUUUUUGUAUGUGUAAUUAAAACACUCUUGAAUAAAUGGGUAUUCAUACCCAACUCAUACACAUUUAGAUUACCUACGCAAACACAUCUACUAACGUUCAAACUCAUAUAAACGCCACUCAUACCCGCCCCAUAAUCAAUGGGUUUAUUUGGGUUUAGGUAAAUAUCAUUUAUUAGCCAAAAUUUAAAAAAAAAGGAUGCUGACCGUCAUAUUUCUCAGUCAAUAUUACUAACAAAACUGCUAAAAAAAUAUUUUUAGACUAAUAAUACUAACAAAACACUAUAACGGACCACAUAAUACAUAUCCAUAUGUCAUCUCCGCCCCACGACAAGGCGCAACAUCUCCACCUAGUAUAUAAUAUAAUCGUGUAUUUUGUUUUGGUUUUAUUAUCAUUUAAUAAUUUUUUUAUUGACUUAUUUCUUUUUUACAUGCUAUUGUGGGGGGGGGGGGGGGGGGGGGAACUACGAGCCAUACACCUAAAAUAAUAAAUCUCCAAAUAAAUAACCAAACGAUUACAUCAUUAGAUCAAAUUCUGGUUCUCCGGUAAAUCGUUAAUAGUAUUUUCUCCCCCAUUAGAAAGUAGAUUCUCGAUCAAUAAGUAAUAAACUGUUAAUGAGCACUUCUACUAUGCUAUAUAGUAUUGGUGUUUUAAUGUACAACUCAAAGUUGUACCAUAACAUUAAAUGUAUAAGUUUAGGUUGUACCAUAAAGCAAUUUGUACCAUUAUGUUAUGGUACAACUUUACAACUUGAAGUUGUACCAUCACAUAAAUGUACAAGUUCAAGUUGUACCAUAAAAGAAUUUGUACAAAAAGUAUAGGUACAAUCUAAAGUUGUACCAUAACAUAAAUGUACAAUUUUAAGUUGUACCAUCAAGACAAAAACCUAUAGCACCAAUACUAUAUAGCAUUGUAAAAUUUCUCACUGUUAAUAGGGAUUUGGUUUCUCUUUUUCAUUUUCCGCUUUGUUUCUUUGAACUUUUUCAUGAUCUCUUUUAUGGCUGAUCACGGCUCUCUGUAGACUCUACCCUUUUCUCCCACACAAAGUUUUAAUAGAGCCGCCUGGUCAAAAGGGAAAUUUAUAUAUAUAAUGUAAAAGGAAUAUAGGAAUCGCCACCGUCAACAUACACUACUAAUGAAAAGGACUACUGAAGAUCAUAGUUUACUUAAUUAGGUCAAGAGGAAAUUUGACAGAAAUAUAAAUAAAUAGUAUUUGAUGGAUGAUAUUCGUGAGAGCGGCGAAUUUCCUUUCCAACUUUUGGCGCUUCAAACAUGCAAAACCUAUAUAUAAUAAAAUCCUUCUUUGUCUUCUUUACAAAGCUCAAAUCUUUUGGCACCCAAAAAGAGAAAUUGAGAGGCGCAGUCUCACGAUGUGCGUCGGCUGUCUUCCCCGAUUAAUUAAUGAAAAAUCAGCAUGGUUUAAUUUAUUACGGGUUAUGAGUUGGGGCAAAUCGACCUAGUGGAUAUGUAAUUUAUAUGAAAAACAUUAGAAAUAUUUAUUAUUUUUACUAUAAGAAUUAAGAAAACAAACAAUAUUAUAAUAAAUGUAGUUAAAUUAUUGAAGAAAUUGAGGUUUUCACUAAUUUAUAACUUUAUUAUAGCUAAAACAUGAUGUAAUAAAAGGAAAAUCAUAAGUAAUUUGACUAAGAUUACAAGUAAUUUAGGUAAAAACGGUCAAGAAUGUGGCGGGUCAGGGCAGGCUGGGUAGAUGAGAAUACCCAUGUCUGCCCCGCCCCGCACCAAAACAAACCAAACAGGUCGGGUAAAACGGGUCAGGUCGAAAUUGUCAUCCCUAAUUGGAGGAUUAGAUUGGUGGAGUUAUGUGACGAGUUAAGUUAGCACCAUGUUUGAAAUUUAAUUCCUUGCACUAGUGUAGUAUUUUUGUAGUAAACUCCCUUUGUAUCUGCUUAUUAUGCUUUGAAAUCCCUCAUGUCAGUUAUACUAUUUUUUUUCUUCUAUUUUCUUGAAAUGCAAUGUAAUCUACUAGGUUCAGUAAUGGCCAUAUAUAUUACUAGUUGCACUGGCUACAUACAUUCUUAAUGUAUUGUUAUUAUUCAUAUGUUAGCCUUGCACACCCAUUUUGCCUAACCAGAAACUAUCAUUUUUUGAUAUAAUUCUCCUAAUAAAAUAGUGACCUCCUACAGUAACUUGGAUAUAAUUUCAAGUUUGGUAACUUGUAUAUAUCUAAACCGUUAAAAUCGAUCAAACUUAUUUUAAACUAUUGAUUAAUGAAAUAAAAAAUAAAAAAAUAAGAAAAAAAAAUAAUUGGCAAUAGGGGGUUGUCGGUCACCACCCACUUAACUUACCUUUCUUUGUUUUUUCUUUCCUUUUUCUCAUUUAUUUGCUAUCCUUAUUUUAAUUAGAAGCGUUACGUAAGGCUUCCAUAAUAACUUAGCACUUUACGUAACGUGAGGUUAAUACUCAUUACGUAAAGAGACCUUCCUUUACGUAAAGGUUACGUAAUGAUAGUUAUUUCUUACGUAAUAGUGAAAUUGGAAGCGUUACGUAAAGCUUUCGUAAUGACUUAGCUCUUUACGUAACACGACAUUAAUACUCAUUAUGUAAAGAGACAUUCCAUUACGUAAGGCUUCCGUAAUGACACUUUACAACUAUUACGUAAAAUACACAUUCAUCACGUAAAGGUUACGAAAUGAUAGUUAUUUCUUACGUAACAAUUAAAUCGGAAGCGUUACGUAAGGCUUCCAUAAUGACUUAACAUUUUACGUAAAGCGAGGUUAAUACUCAUUCUAUUACGUAAGGCUUCCGUAAUGAUCUUUUACAACUGUUACGUAAGAUUAUCAUAUGUUGCGUAACCAUUACGUAAUGACUAUUGUAUCUUACGAAAUGCGACCUGUGAAACCUGCUAUCACAAGUAAAAAAAUUCAAGUUACCUUACUUCAAGUUAUCGUAGGAAAUCCCAAUAAAAUAAAAUAAUUAAUUAGUAACCCCGUAAAUGUAUUGAAUCAACACUUCUCGAGCACGAUCCAAAUCCAAUCUCGGGCCCUUCAUUGUUUCAAGGCAAAAUUUAUCUUUAGACAAUUUUUAGGCUUGGAGUAGAACCUUCAACUAAAGAAACAACUAGAUGGAUGUUUGUUUAAAAAUAAGUUACUUGUAGUUGUAGGUGUUUGAGAAAACUGGAUACUAGGCACUUUUAUAGGGCAGAUGUUUACAAGGCGGGAACGGUUACGGUGCUAAUUGUACAAUAGUUAGCACCGUUCUAACCAAGGGAAAAACUACUACUAGUUUGAAUUAGUAGUGAUUUAGCUUAGAUGUUGUAUUGAUUUUAUAAUAAUCCGUAGUGAUUUUUGCUAGUUAUCACGAUGCUAACCCCUAUAAGGAUUAGCACCUAAUCCCAUCCCUUACAAGGCAAGUGAAUAUGAACUGAGAAUGACUACAAUAAUGAGAAGAUGAAAUAACUAUGUCCCUUGCGAUGAAGUUGUCUUACACAUUUUAUAUGCUUUACGUACAAGGUAGGUUUUAUUUUUUAAAAAAAAAGGAAUAUUACGCAAUGUUGUUGUUGGUUGAGAAACUUUUGAAGUCAAGAAAUUUUUUCAUUUAUUUUUUGACACCAAGAUUUUGCAUUCAAUAGAGCGAGCAAAUAUCUAUACUCCUCUUCGAAAUAUUAUGUCUACUUAAGAUAUUUUUUUAUAUUGUUCAUACUACAUAGGAUUAAUACGAAACUUUUUGUCCAAUGAAUGGUUUGAAUGUGAAUGUGAAUGUGAAUUUGAGUGUGAGCUAUCAUUAAAAUUAAAAUGAAGUCUCGCUUCAAAAGCGAAAAUCCAAAGACUUUUUGGUAGGGAUGGAAAAAUACAAAAAUGAUAUAUAGUAUCAUGUUUCCCAGCUUGAUAAUACUCUUUUUUUUAUCGUAGUAACCAGUGACGGAGCUAUGUGGGGAGCUGGGGGUGGGUUUGGAAAAAAAAUUCAGCAAUUAGGAAUUUUGUGGGCUCAAACUAGUGAUUAUUUGAAUAUAGGGAGACUUCCUUGUCAUCUCGGCCAAGUAAAUUUGCUAUGCAACUUGUUUUCAUUAUUAUUUACAUUAGAGAACUGUCUUGAAACCUCCUUUUACGUCCCACAAUCUCUAGGACCCUAGCAUUUUAUUUCUUAUUCUUUGCCACUAUCGUUGAUAUCCACAGCCGAGAGGACGAGUCGACAUCCUCUGUCUCGUCCAAGCCCUUUAGUCUCCAAUUUUGGUCAAUGGUUCGCCGGAUUUCCACUGCCGCACUCGUCCAAGCCACGUCGUCUCCAAUCCGGCCAAUUACAAGUGUCGAGAUAUCAUUUUCGUCAAUGAAAUAUAUCAGACGUUAUCUUCUAAACUAGAUGAAUGAUUAGUGGUUGAGCGACACAUUGAUGACAUAUAUUGAACAAGGUUUGUGUGCUAGUUUGGACAAAAAAUGAGUUCUAGAAUGCUUUAAAAUAUGAAAUAUCUUCGCAGUUCGGUGUAAACGGUGUACGUCAAACUAUUAUUUUGUAAUUGAAUGCAUUUUGAGUAUUGUGUUGUUGACUUUUUUAUUUCAUUUAGAGUUCGGGUUUUUUAUUAUAUAGUUAAUUAUUUUAUGAUAUGAAAAAGACACUCCCUUGACCAAUUUUCUGGCUCCGCCACUGAUAGUAACACUAUGUUUGUCAUUCGUUUUUAUUUAACGAAUGAGUGAGACUCGAGUAUGGUAACACAAAUAGGUGCCAACAAAUGGUUACUUCAUAAGGAUCGAGAAGGAGAGAAAAAGAGGAGCAACAAUAAUGGUGCAAAGCAAACAAAUCAAUAAUUUUUUAUAAUGAGAUGAUGAGAUAUCUCAAGGUGCCUGAAAGAUGAUAAUUGAUGAUGAUCUGUGUAAUGUUGAGUAGAAACUAUGCCAAUAACUUGCUUGAGAUGAUUAUGCAAAUUGGAGUAACACUCUUCAUGGCCAAAUUUUUCAAAGUAAUUAAGAAACGUAUGCUAAUCAUUCUAAACACUUCUUCCUCUCAAAAUCUCCUCCAGCUCCCCCUUCCCAAAAUAGAGGUAAUGGAUCUAUUAUAGAUCCUAAUUACCCGUUCUAAAUUUAAGCGAAAUCAUAGUGAUUAUUCCUAAAAGAGUUGCAUUGUAUGACCACAUUGUUGUUAGAUUUACAAUGACACGAGUAAUAAAUGACAUGAAUAAUGAUGAUCAUAAGAUACAAGAACAGAUUAACUUGGAUGAUUAAUUCUGCCGAUUUGAAACCCCUUUUGUCACUCACAACCAACAGUCAAUGGAUUUCAAUUCAUCGCUUGGAUGAUUAACUCUCUUCUUACGCUCAUUAUUGGUUAAUUUUCUUCGUUAAAUUGAAUAACAACUCCUUGGAUCCCCCCUCCUCUCAUAGAAUUCUUUGUUCUUCCGAUUCUAGUCACCUUUCAUCUCGUUAUUGAAAAAACAAACAUUACACUCCUUCUCCGAUGGCCGGCGCCGCCUCGGCGCUUUUCCUUCUCGACAUCAAAGGUCGUAUCCUAAUUUGGCGCGACUAUCGUGGAGACGUCUCCGCCUCUCAGGCGGAGCGUUUCUUCUCCAAGCUCCUCGAUAGACAGAUUGAUCUACAAUCUCAGGAUCCUGUAGUGUAUGAAGAUGGAACGACUUACAUGUUCAUACAACACAACAACAUUUACUUGCUCGUAGCAACCAAGCAUAACUGCAACGCGGCCAGCCUUCUUCUCUUCCUCCACCGCACAGUUCAGGUUUUCAAGCAUUACUUCGAGGAGCUAGAGGAAGAAUCUCUCAGAGAUAACUUCGUUGUUGUGUAUGAGCUGCUCGAUGAGAUCAUGGACUUCGGGUUCCCACAAUUCACUGAGGCGAAGAUCCUGAGCGAGUUCAUCAAGACGGAUGCGUACAAGAUGGAAGUUGCGCAAAGACCUCCCAUGGCUGUGACGAAUGCAGUCUCCUGGCGCAGUGAAGGAAUCAAGUAUAAAAAGAAUGAAGUGUUUCUUGAUGUGGUGGAAAGCGUAAACAUUCUUGUGAAUAGCAAUGGGCAGAUCAUACGAUCCGAUGUUGUCGGGGCAUUGAAGAUGAGAACAUAUUUAAGUGGCAUGCCUGAGUGUAAGCUUGGCCUAAACGAUAGAAUGCUAAUGGAGGCUCAAGGUCGAACGACCAAAUCCAAAUCGAUCGAUCUCGAUGACAUCAAAUUUCAUCAGUGUGUUCGUCUGGCUCGAUUCGAUAACGAUCGGACGAUAUCCUUCAUACCUCCAGACGGUUCGUUCGACCUAAUGACAUACAGGCUCGGCACCCAGGUGAGACCUCUUAUCUGGGUAGAAUCGUUGGUCGAAAGACACUCCAGAAGUCGUGUCGAAUUGAUGGUGAAAGCUCGUAGCCAGUAUAAGGAGCGAAGCAAUGCAACCAAUGUGGAGAUAAUGUUGCCGGUUCCAUCUGAUGCUACGAACCCUAAUGUUCGGACAUCAAUGGGCUCGGCGAUAUACGCUCCGGAGAAUGAUGCACUUAUAUGGAAGAUCAGAUCCUUCCCUGGCAGUAAGGAGUACAUGUUGAGGGCUGAGUUUGGACUUCCAAGCAUAAGAAGCGAUGAGGAUGUGUUGGAGAGAAAAGCUCCAGUCAGAGUGAAGUUUGAGAUCCCUUAUUUCACAGUGUCUGGAAUUCAGGUAAGGUACCUGAAAGUGAUUGAGAAAGCUGGAUACCAGGCACUUCCAUGGGUUAGAUAUAUUACAAGGGCAGGUGAAUACGAAUUGAGAAUGGCUUAUAAUAAUUAGAAGAAAGAUAGAAAGUGCAACUAUACGUCCCUUGCGAUGAAGUUGUGUUCCACAUUUUAAAGUCGUAAGGCACAAGGUAGGUUUUUCGUAAAAAAAUUAAGAAAGGGGGAAACGGGGCAAUGUUGCUGGUUUAGAAACUUUUGAGAUCAAGUAAUUUUUAUUUGUUUAUUUGUGGAUACAGUGAGCCAAUAUUUAUUCCUCUCCAAUAUAUUGUCUACUUAGAA